AUUUCAUCUUGUGCAGUUGCUAUACUAACAUCCAAGCGUACUGACACGGUAAAAUUUUGCUUCGUUGAAAUUUUGUAUCUGAAAAAAAAUACAGACUCAGCCGAUGGAUUUAGAAAACAUCUCAUCUUUUUUCACUAACAUUCGUCGUUUUGGUAAGACUGAAAUAAUCUCGCCAAGGAUUUCCCCCAAUUCGUCUGGGGAAAAAGAGUUGGAGGUUGAACGCUCACCGAUUCACUAGAUUUUUUAUCCCUAUUCCGAUGCUGAGAUAAUAAUUUUUAUCCCGGAAAAUUUUCACAUUGACGAAGGGCAAAGAAAGGAGAGGUUCCAUAUAAAAAGAUCGCGUGGACCGAAUGUCAAUCUACUGUUUAGCCAAACGUCUAUCUGCCUAGCUGUCGGUCCACGAUUGAUCUGUGUGACGAGUUCUCGAAGUAACAUUUCUUCGGUCGAAUAAGAUUUAUAGCGUGUCAGUGUGAAAGUAUUGGGAUAUUGUUCGAGCGACUGAAAAGUGAGCAAUCGAAGACAUGGAUAUUGAAGAAUUCAGGGAUUUUGGGAAGGCUGCAGUGGAUUAUAUCGCGGAUUAUUUUCAAACCAUCAGAGACCGGCCGGUCCUACCAAACGUAGAUCCUGGAUAUUUGAGCGACCUCAUACCGGACGAAGCUCCACAAAAGGGUGAACCGUGGCAGGAUGUACUGAAGGACGUGGACAGGAUAAUCAUGCCUGGAUUAACGCAUUGGCAUUCGCCCAACUUCCAUGCUUUUUAUCCUACCGCAAACUCAUUUCCAGCAAUUGUUGGAGAAAUGCUAAGCGCCGGAUUCGGUUGCAUAGGACUCAGUUGGAUUGCCAGUCCAGCGUAUACUGAGCUAGAGGUGGUCAUGAUGAAUUGGCUCGGAAAACUUCUCGGUUUACCAGAAGAAUUCCUCAACUGUUCACAAGGUCCAGGCGGGGGAGUAAUACAGGGAUCAGCCAGCGAAGUCACUUUCAUCAGUCUUUUAGCUGCCAAAGAGAAGAAAGUCACCGAGCUAAAAUCCCAAAAUUCCCCACUAACUGAAGCGGAAAUCAAGGGAAAACUUGUGGCAUACUCCUCAGAUCAAUCGAAUUCAUCCGUUGAGAAAUCAGGUCUUCUUGGAUCUAUGCCCAUGAGAUUACUACCAGCCGAUGAAAACGGCAUUCUUCGAGGAAGCGUCCUCCAAGAAGCCAUAUUGAAAGAUAAGGAAAAGGGGCUGAUUCCAUGCUAUGUGGUCGCAAACUUAGGUACCACCCCUACAUGUGCCUUCGACAACUUAGAAGAAUUCGCACCGAUUUGCCAGAAAGAAGGUGUUUGGCUACAUGUGGACGCAGCGUAUGCUGGCACAGCUUUUGCAUGCCCCGAAUACAGACAUCUGAACAAGGGAGUCGAAAAAGCCGACUCCUUCAACUUCAACCCUCACAAAUGGAUGCUGGUGAACUUCGACUGCUCCGCGAUGUGGGUCAAAAACGCCAAAUACCUAGUCGAGGCUUUCAACGUCGAACGGUUGUACCUCGAGGACCAACACAAAGGUCUAGCACCUGAAUACCGACACUGGCAAAUCGCCCUUGGGCGAAGGUUCAGAGCGCUCAAACUCUGGUUUGUCCUCAGGAUGUAUGGCUCAGAAGGCAUCCAGAAACACGUCAGGCAUCAGAUCUCUCUGGCCCAAUACUUCGAGGAACUGGUACGCAAUGAUGCCAGAUUCGAAGUUUGUUCCUCGAGUAUGGGACUUGUUUGCUUCAAAUUGAAGGGGUUGGAGUCUUUGUCCGAAAAACUUUUGAAAAUUGUUAGUGAGAAAAAGUCGAUUUACUGUAUCGCUGGUAACCACAACCGUAAGUUCUGCAUUCGUUUCGCCAUCUGUAGCAGGCUGACUGAAAAGGAGGACGUGGAAUUUGCCUGGAAGGAGUUCAAGAGUGCUGCUGAUGAGCUUUUUGGGCUUGACAGUAAGAUGUCGCAGAUUGUCGAUGAGAUACCAGAGAAGAAAUUACGCGAUAUUCACAUAAGUACGCCAAGAUGUGAAAUACUCCAUGAGAAAACUAAAUAAUAACCUGUAGUAUUCAGAUAACAAUAUUAGUAUUAUAUUGGAGGAUUCAGAAAUCUAGUAUCUAGGUUCAAAGUGUUAGAAAUAGGAAAUAUAAUCGUUUUUUUCAAAUACUUCAUAACUACUGGCAUUAAUUUCUCAUUUUGAAUAAGGAAAUAUGUAACUCUUUCAUUUAAUAUAACAUAGAUGGAAUACCAAGGGUCUCAAAUAAUUGUCUGAGAGAAUAACCUUGUUGAUUGAUGUUGAAGAAAUUGUGAUAAUAAAUGAAUCCUUUCAAA